CUCACUCUAGCCUAGGCAACAAAGUGAGACUUUGUCUCAAAAAAAAAAGAAAAGAAAAGAAAAGAAUGAAAUCUUACCCUUUUAUCAGAUAACAACUACUGAGCAUGCUUCCACUUUUCAUCUUGGAAGCCGGGAAGCUCAAAACUAACAAUGGGCUUUCUCUCUCUUAAAUAAUUGCUUAUCUUUUUGCUUUAUUCUAGCUGCAAUGUCAAUUCCCCACUCUACUCUGGCCCCAGCCAGAGGAAGUCAUCCCUUCUCUGAACCCAUAUAGCAUUUUAUCCAGGGGCUUAUGCCUCUAUGCCUUGGCGUGUGGCUAUUUGCUGGCCUCACCUCCUCUGUCACACUGUGUUUUCCUGAGGACGGUGACCAUGCCUGUCCUUCUGUGUGGCCUCCAAAAUAGCCAGAUUAUGUCCGAUACAUUAUUAAUAUCUACGCUCCUUGUGGAAUGAAUGCUGGCCAAAUAGGUUUUCUUAAACAUGUCUGUCCAUGAAGGAAAAGGAACCAGUGGUCCUUCCUUCAACAAUGAAAAUGUCUUGACCCAUAUGUAUGCUUUCCUUUUUGCUGUGGCUCUCAGUAGCUCCGAGUAUCUUAUGUGCCACUGCUAUGACAUGGUUCAGGUAGAGGACCAGGACUGCAAUGGCCACACCCGUGUGCCCCACAAGGCUCGAGAGAAAUCGCGUUUCUCGGUCCUGGUGCCAGCGCCUGGUACCCGCACGGCCGCAGAGCUGUCCCCGCACUGUGCAGGGCUUUGUGUCUACUCCCUCUCCCCCAGCGUCUUGGAGUGUGUGAGCCCCCCGCGGGCAGGGCCCCAGCCUCUGCGGGCUGGGGAAGGCGUUGGCACGGGCUCGCCGCCGUCGCAAGCCGGAGGAGCCACAGCCCAGCGGAGGAAGCGGCGGCGUUCUGGUAUUGUUGCUGCAGCUGGUGUUGUGAAUCAGGCCGACGAGCAGCGCAUCCUCUUACCCGGCUAUUUCACGACACCAGGGUUGCAUCAUACCCAUCCUCUCCAGGCGAGCCUCGCGGGACCGGGUCGGACGCAAGGACGCGGGGCCGGGCCGGGCCGGGGAGUCUGUGUGUGCAAGAUCGGUCUGUGUAGCCCGCUGGGUCUCAGUGCGGACUGGUGCUCACAGUCACCUGGGGGGCUCUCAGCACCUGCUGACGCCUGCCCAGGCCGCAGCGUCCCCAGGGUGGGCUCCGGAAAGCACCUGUUAGACGUCCCAGUGUGAUGCUGAGCUGAUGUCCCCGAGCGGCCAGGGCCCAGCCCUCGGGCUCAGCUGGGGCUCUUGGCUGCUUUGGCCUGACCACUGCCAUAGCCUCCUCCUGGCCCUGCUGUGGCCCUGGCCCAGCUUUCCAGAAACAGAUAGGAUCUGACACCCCAGGGCAAAGGCCAGCCUGCUUGCCCUGGCAUUCGAGGGCUUCCCUACUCAGAAACAAAGCCACCAUUGCCCCACUGUCCCCGUUCCCUCCUUCCUCCCAGCCCCUGCCCUGCACGAUCCGUGUGUUGGUUCUGUCGGCCCUGCCUUCAAACUCUCUCAACACCCUGCCGUCCUCAAGGUAUAGGGCUAAAAACCAAACAAAACAACUACAAUGCACCUCAACUUCCAACACUUCUCCCCUCCUGCCGUCCCACAGCUACCCCCUGGCCUGGCCUCCACGUCACACACCUGUGGUGGCCCUGGCUGGCUUGCCUUGCCCUCGUGUCCCCGGGCCAUUCUCCAUACAACAGCCAAAGCAAUCUUUGAAAAAUAUAAAUCUGACCAUCACGUAGCAGAAUAUGAAACUUCCAACCCCGGCCUGUAAGGCCAGGUGUUCCCUCUGCCCUGUCUCCAGUCCCUGUCCUUGGUCUCUCUGCUCCAGACACACGGGCCUCCUUGAUGUUCUGGAAGCCCACACCACGCUCCUGUCACAGGGCCUUUGCACGUGCUCUCCCCACCGUCUGAACCCCUGUGCUCAUACCUGCUCGCUUAUGGGUGGCUCCUUCUCACUGUUGGAGCCCAGCUCAAAUUCCUCAUCCUCAGAGCAGCCUGAUGCUCUUCCUAAGAAAAAGCUUUGUUUUCUCAAUAGCACUUACCACUAAAUGUGUAAUAAUUGCUUGUUUAUUGUCUGUCUCUCGCACUAGAAUGUGAGCUCCGGGAGGGCAGGGUCUUCGUCUUGUUCUCUGUGGUGUCCCUCUUCCCUAGCACAGGGCAUGGUAUGCAAUAGGCACUCAAUAAAUGUAGUGGAAUAAAGAAACAAUUGGACCCCGAAUCUGCCCCCAUUUCUUCCCUCCUGUCCCCAGUGUGCAGCACUGCGUGCCGUCCCAUCCGCCUUGUCCCCUGCACUGACCACACCCGCCCGAGCUCCCUCCCCAGGUCCCUCCGUCCUGGCCCACCUCCUCCCCGCCCCCCUCUCUCCCGGCAACCCCCUCCUUGCUGGUCCAUCUGCCAGGCUGGGCUGUGAGGUCCAGGGCCUGGUACACAGGAGGAGCACAAUAAAUGCUGAGUUGGCUCCAUGGCCAUGAAGACAGGAGGCCCUGAGAGUCAGGGGCUGCAGCAGCCCGCACAUCUGGGGUUUUCACUUCCACGUUUUCCUGACCGCUGAGUCUUCCGGGUCCCUUGCUGCCCCUGCUGUCCAUCCUUCUGACAGCCAGCCCCUCGGCCAGGGCCACCACUGGCCGGGCAAGAGAUACCUGGCCCAGGUGCAGGUGUCAUUUCCACUUUGCUGCUUCAAGAAUCCCCUUUCCUGGGGGGAUGUGCUUUGGGAC